AUUAAAGUUUACGUCAACAGAGAUACAGAAAAGCGAAGGAACUUUGCUGUGAACGUACUAGGAGAAUACAAUUGAAAAGAAUAUGAGGGAUUAUGUAAGUUGUAAGUGGAGGCUGAAUGCUUAAUUCUUCUUAAUUUCCACAUCAUAUAUGUUCACGAGUUGUUCGUACAAGACAUGUACUGGAGGAGUACUACUUUGAGUGAUCUUGUAAUAAUGUACGCCUUUGAGUGUGCACACAUUCACACUUACAGUUUAAUUCUCCUUCUAUAUUGCAACUUGACGAAAACUUGUGCUGCACAUCUCGAAGAAAAAACUUCUAUAAAAGAAGGGUUCCUAUAGAACUAUAAUGCACACAAUCACACUUUGAUAUUACGAUUUGCACCAUAGACCUAAUGGCUGGAGCCACAGCUAUGGCGCGCCUAUAUGUGACCGUCGUCCUCCUCCUCGCGGUGGUUGCCGCAGCUGGCGGCAACAUUGCUCCUUAUCCACCUCCUGCGACACACACUUGGGCCGUAUGCUUUAAGCUAGGUUCACCAUGCUUCUAUCAUGAGUUUCCUUGUCCUGCUGAUUGUCCUUGGACUUGUGAGGCUGAUUGUUACGCGUGUAAAGCUGUUUGUCCACCACCAGCACCACCACCACCACCUCGUCCUUUGUAUGGCACCUGGCAUUGCGCAGCAAAAGAUACAUGCUUUGGCUCGUUUCGUUGUCCUGAUGGUUGUCCUUUGCAUUGUAGGGCUGAUUGUACAGCGUGCAAGGGUGUUUGUCCUUGCAAUCUACCGGGAGGACUUUGCCAAGACCCACGGUUCGUUGGAGGUGAUGGACUGACCUUCUACUUCCAUGGCAAAAAGGACCAAGACUUUUGCAUUGUUUCCGAUUCCAAUCUUCAUAUCAACGCUCAUUUCAUCGGAAGGCGAAAUGAUAACAUGAAGAGGGACUUCACCUGGGUCCAGUCACUGGGAAUUCUCUUUGACAAUCAUCAACUCUAUGUCGGUGCACAGACGACUUCAACUUGGGAUGAUUCAAUUGAUAGACUAGCACUCGCUUUCGACGGAGAACCCAUCUUCCUCCCGGCUACCACAAACGCCGAAUGGCGGCCGAGCACCGCACCGGGCGUCUCCUUCACUAGGUCUCGAGACGUUAAUGGUGUGGUGAUUGAAGUGGAAGGGAACUUCAAAAUCAAAGCGACAGUGGUCCCAAUCACUGAAGAAGAUUCCAUGAUCCAUAACUACGGAAUCACCAAAGAAGAUUGCUUUGCUCAUUUGGACUUGAGCUUCAAGUUUUACUCGUUGAGCGGCGGUGUCGACGGCGUUUUGGGCCAGACUUACCGCAGUAACUACGUGAGCAAGAUUAAGAUGGGGGUACUGAUGCCUGUUGUUGGUGGUGCCAAGGAAUUUGGUAGUUCCACUCUGUUUUCGUCCGAUUGCGCCGUGGCUAAAUUCACUGGUGGGCUCAAUUCUUCGGAGGGUUUUGAGUAUGGGAGUUUGGACUGCGCUAGUACUGGGAUGGAUGGCCGAGGAGUUGUUUGCAAGAGAUAAAUAAAUCUCGCUCUGAGAUUACUUUUGCAUGGAAAAAAAGAAUUGUAUAAAAAGCUUUCAUGUUUUCUCUUGUAUUAAAUAAAGACGGAAUCUAGUGUAAAGGAUGUCUGGCCAUUGUCUCGAGUUGUAUUUACACUCACUGUAAUUUGCUUCAAUUUUCAAUGUCAUCCUCCAACUUUUGUUAGUUUAAGCGAA